AUGUUACCCAUGUCAAUCCUUUCCACUACAACACCUUCCCAACUUACUCUGGCAACUGUCAACGACCCUGAUUUCCUUCCCAGACUGGAGGCAUCUGAGAUUGGCCUGCAUCUCAUCAUGGCUACAACAUCUGUUGAGAAGCCCAAGUCAGGGGCCAACGUUGACAUCCUGAAGGUGGCACAACAACUUCAGCAUCUUGCCCAUUUCUUGUCCCAAGGCCAUCCAGUCCCAGGCCUCAGCGUAUCCGAAAAGGAUCUCAAAGUUGCGCGUGUGCUCAGCCCCGUCACGAACCUCACAUCCCACCGCCGACACUCAGACUUGGAGUUUCCCCGAGAGUGGGUUGAAGAUGAUGGCGCACUAGCCAUUGCACUUCGCGACUGGAGACGGGAUAUCGACCCGAAGCAACUGAGCAGUACACCCUUUGUGGAAGAGAAACCUCCGCAGACAACAGAUACUCCUACAGAGGCUGGACUAGCAGAGGUUGGCAUUGAGGCUCAUGCGAAUGGGCCAUUCUCGUCAUCCUCCACGGAGCGAGAAGCGCACAGGGUCGCGAAGAUGAAAGAGCUUGAGAAGAAACUCCGACAAAUCGAGCAAGAAAAGGAGACUGUUGUCCGGGAGAAUGUCAAGCUUCAGCGCGACGUCGAAGCGCUUCAGCGCCAGUCGGAAUCUUUUCGCCGUGCCCUUUUCGACCCCAAACGCAAGAUCCACGAGAGAAACCUAAAGGAGAAGGUGAAGCUCAAUGGCGAUAUUCGUCAACUUCAAAGUUCACUUGCUACAGUGAACAGCAAGAAUGAGUGCCUCGUGGAGAGGAACAAGGAGCUGAAGUCAUGCAACAAGGAUCUCGUUACUGAUAACGAAGAGCUGGUUACGAAAAACAAGGAGGUGGAGUCGUGUAACGAGACACUCGUUACUGAGAACGAAGAUCUGGUUAAGAAGACCGAAAAGCUGGAGUUGAGUAAUUUUGAUCUCCUUACUGAGAAUGCAGCCCUUGAUGCAGAAAUCAAGCGUCUGGACUCAGAUAACGAAACUCUUAUUACUAUGGCCCAGAAGCUCCUGGAUAAGCAUACACUCUCGAGAGAGGGUAUGGAGAAGCACGAGGAGACUCUCGCCGCAGAGAACCAGGCCUUGAAGAGAAGAAGCAAAGCUCUCAUCAAGGCAAUUGCAGCCAUGAAGCUCGACAGCAAGCGCUGCGCCGCCCAGGUCCAGGACCUAGAUAGCAGUAAGGAUUUCCUGGCUGCUCACAACAAUGACCUUUCGAUUCGGAAUGCAGCUCUUGGUGAUAAGAGCAAACGACUUGAAGAGACUCUUAACAAGAUUGUUUUGGAUGCGAAAUAUUCACUAGGCCGUCAGUGA